UAGCGCCAACGGGCCAAAGCAUUCCCAAUUUUUGUGCUGAAUGUCGGCCAGAGAUGAUGGCCAAGAGCUGCUGGCUCAAGUCAUGCAGGAUGUGCUGCAGGAACACCUGAAGGAGGAAGUCACCUCCAAGGGGCCAUCCCCGGAAUCGGAGUUGCAGCUCUCGGGACGUUUCACGUCGCGGUUGAGGAAAGCUCCCGCAACGACCACGACAUGGCCACAACUUCGACCUGGACGGUUGCUGGGGACCGUUCCUGAGACGGAAAGAUCCCAGGCUCCAUGUGAUGCAACACCAGCGCUUCAGCAUUUGGCUCUUCUGGAAGAGGCUGUGAUGAACGGAUCAGAACUGCCACCAUUGUGCAAGCUGACAGGCACAGUGCAGCCUCCUCCCCGCCAUCUGGCACCGCGGCUCCAUCCAGCGGCUCCGCCCCCGCAGUCAGCUGCGGCAGGGCAGAUGACGACGCCUCGGCUGUUGGUCACAGAUGGCACAUGGGGCCUUCAAGCACCAGACCCCGCGGAACGUCGACGUCCAGCAGCCCUGGCUGCCGCUUUGGGCUUUCGGACCUCGCAACUGCGGGGCGUGGGACUGGCGCGACGUGGCGCAGGGGCGGCGCAUACGGCGCGCUGGGUGAGCAUGGAGGCCCAGCGCUUGAGGGAAGAAGCCCGACACCCCAAAUGUCUGGGUGCCAGCUUCGCCACGGCCUUUCUGGUCAACAAAGGGCCAGAGAGGAUGGAACCGCUGAGCGCCAGCUUAUGUGCAAUUGCUCCAAUCGCGUGAAGUCCAGCCCCGAUGCUAAGUCAAGCCCAAC